AUGGGAGAAUGUGCGCAACCAUAUUUCCCACCUCAGAUUGUAUUUUCUCCUGACAAUGAUCUAACAAUAUUUGCAAUUGAUGAAAUAAAUCAACGAGCUUAUGUAACAUAUCCUUUUACUCCUUCAUUAAGACAAACUGCUUUCGUGAUGCAGCAUUUUCCAUAUGCAGUCCCUGAUUCACCACAAUCAAAAUAUUAUGUUCAAUUAUCUACUAUUUCUCCAAUAGAUUCUUGUAUGUAUGGAACAUAUUGGAAAUAUGGUGGAAAUAUGCUUAAUUUCUUUCCAUCACAUUGGAUUAAUGGGAGCUCAUUUGAAAUAAAAAAUUAUAUGAUAUUUAAUUAUGAAAUGAUUCAUUCAAAUGAUUCUUCUUUAGAUGAAGAUUAUUGGUAUUCAAAUGAAAGAUGUUCAAUUGAUACUGGAGAUAAAUAUCCAUGCCAAGAAAUUUAUUUCAAGAAAAAUACUGAUAUUCCUCGUCGAUUAGUUGAAGUUCGUCGUGCUCAAUGGAGAGUUAUUCGAGUAACAACAUAUUUUACAAUUAAAUCAAUAGGAAAACCAGAUGAGAAAUAUUUUAAUUCAAUACCAAAAGAGUGGUUUCACAUUUGUCGAGAUGAUGAUCUCGAAGUUUUCUAUAAUCCACAAACAAUAAGUUUAAGUUUACAUGAAAGUGUAAAGAUUCAAGUUUGGCUUGCUACGCCACCACAUCGAAUAGAUGGAAAUGAUACUGUCAUUAUUCAAUGGAAAUCAAUUAACUGCACUGAUUGUUUUACAUUAUCACCAAAAGAAUUAAUUUUUAAUAUCGAAAACUUUCAUGAAAGACAAACAUUAACAAUAACUCGUGUUAAAAAUACAGAACCAACAAUGCUCAUUCCAGUUUUUAAUGGUGGAGGUUUCGAUCUUGUUCCACCAGAAGAUUAUCCUAUUAACAUUCAAUAA